GCCUGACAUCCAUGAUAUUACCUUGUGAGCAGGUUGCAAGCUAGUAAGCGGUGCAGAGCAGCUAACAGGGGAUGUGCCGUUCGUGUUAACACAGGCUCCAAGGUGUUUUUACAGGCUCUAAACAAGCGGGACUCACUCCCAAACUUUGGCGAAAUGACGACCCGCUCGGAGAGAGAAAAAGCCCAGAAACUGAACGAGCAGCAUCAGGUCAUUCUGUCUCAGCUGCUGAGGGAGGAAGAAAACAAGCACUGUGCUGACUGUGAGGCGAAAGGUCCUCGAUGGGCAUCAUGGAACCUCGGCGUGUUCAUGUGUAUCCGCUGUGCCGGCAUCCAUCGCAACCUGGGUGUCCACAUCUCCAGAGUCAAAUCUGUCAAUCUGGACCAGUGGACACCUGAGCAGAUCCAGAGUAUGGUGGACAUGAGCAACAGAAGGGCAAAGCUGCUGUACGAAGCUCACCUACCGGAGAACUUCAAGCGUCCACAGACAGACCAAGCAGUGGAGGUCUUCAUCCGGGACAAGUACGAGAGGAAAAAGUACUACGACAAGGAGGCGCUGGCUGCAGCUACAGUGAAGUCCUCUGAAGCCGCUCCACCCUCCAGCUCACCGUCUUCCCAGGCUGACAGGAGCAGACAGGAGAAGGAGCGUGAGAAGAAGAAAGAGAAGGAUGGUAAUUCAGUGGAUAAGCACAAUAACACAAAGUCAGAGAACCGAGCCAGUCCAAAGGAGAGCGCAGAGCCAGCUGUGGACCUGCUGGGCCUGGAUCCUCCAGAGGGUGGUGGGAAUGGCUCGGGUGGUGCUUCACCAAUCAACAAGGACCUGGACAUCUUUGGACCAAUGGUGUCCAACCCUCUCCCCUCCAACAACACGCAGCAGUCUGGUUCCAGUCCAGCCCCCCCGCAGGCGGACCCCUCCACCUCCUCCUCUGCAUCCUCCUCCACCUCCACUGCCACCACCACAAAGGCAGAGGAGAAGAAGCUUUUAUCCAAAGACUCCAUCCUGUCUUUGUACGCCAGCAGCUCAGUGGCCAGCCAGCCGCAGAGCCAGCAGCAGCCUGUUACAGGACAAGCAGGGAUGUUCGUGGGCCAGCCUCAGAUGCAGUUCUCUCCGCAGGGUUUCACUCCAGGGAUGGGUGGGGGGGCCAUGAUGUCCGGCAUGUCGGUGCCUAAUGGCGGCUACAUGAACAUGCAGCAGCAGGGGGGUGUGUUAGCCAACCAGGGGCCGCAGCAAGGACAGUGGGGCAUGAACCAGAUGACCCAGCAGAUGUCAGGCAUGGCAGUGAGUGGACAGUCAGGCCCCCCCGCGGCUGGCUGGCCCGCCGCCCCACCGACGGCUUCUGGCCAGACCCUCAGCACUCAGCUGUGGAAGUGACGAGGGGGGGCUCCGGAGAAGGAGUGGGGAAACAGAGGGCUGUCUAAUGGCAACAAAAUAAGCUCCUGACCCACUGUCUCCUGACAGCUCAGAAUAAAAAACGCACAGUGGGGGUACCUCCAUACCCCCCCCAAAACCUUAUAAACGUCCAUAUUUCCUUUAAAAAUAGAAGAAACUGAAUGAAGGGGAUAAAAGAAAAGACGAGAAAGGUGUAGCUGCAGAGCUCCAGGCUGGAGAAGGAAGUGAUGUCUGAAAUUGUGAACACCAGAGAUGACCAUCAGGAUAUGAUAGCUUGCAUUUAUUGCUCCAAAUACAACCUCCACCAAUCACACCAAGGCCAACAAUUCAACCUUAACAUUUCAGUGAAGCUAGAUUAUUAAAGUUACGAAGCAGUUAAUAACUUGUAUUAGCCUUAUGAGUUUGCUAACAUAAGCUAGCUAUGCUAAUGUCAUUAAUUGUAUUGUUAUCUGAAAUCAUUGCAUUAAGAUUUAGAAUUGUUUCCCUGUAGUUUUGUUAGCGUUAAUGUUAGUUUUGUUAUAAUAUUAGCAUAUCUAGCUAAUGUUAGCAAAAGCAUAAGGUUAAUAUGUUAAUGCCUUUAGGUAACGAUAUUUAAUUUUAUAAAUUUCAGUUAUAUAUAACUAUUGAGAUUGUAUUGUUUGCUUAAAUUGUUACAUUAAGCUGUUUCCUGUUUUGCCAACGUUCGUCAGUUGUUGACAAUAUUAGCCUAGCUAGCUAAUUUAGGCAAACUCAUAAGGUUAGUAAGUUAUUUGCUGCCUAUUGUUACGUUAUUUAAUUUGACAGGUUGUAAUUUACAUCUAAAUAUAAAAAAUGUUUUGUUUGCUUAAACUAUUACAUUAAGCUUUUUGCAUUUGGUUCCUGUUGUUUUUGCUAAUGUUAAUGCUAGUUUACUGGCAGUAUUAGCAUAGCUAGCUAACGUUGGCAAAUCAAUAAGGUAAAUUAGUUACUACUUAAUGUUGGGGUACUUCAUUUUAUAAGUAACACUCAUUCAAAUGUUACGGUUGUGUUGUUUACCUAGAAUACUUUAAAUACAGUGCUAUGUAAUAAUUUCUAUUGAUAAACGUGAAUUUAACAAAAGUGCUUUUUGUCAUGUCAUGGCCAUUUCUACUGAUCAUAAUUCCAUUGUUGAGGUAUACUAGAAUAGAUUUACAUUGUGCAAUUUUCCAAACUCACAUUGGUUUCUCAUACAGCAUCUCUGUAUAGUAUGUGUAUUCACUCUCUGUCCUA